AUGGAUUUUCGUUUUCCUAAUGUCUUGGAUCUCACGCCCUUUACCCUUCAGCAAAGGGUAAAGGUAUCCAAGUUUUUGGCACGUAUGGAUGCGCAGAACUAUAUGUUUGUGCUUUGGAAGACAAAUGCUCUCUGCAUCUUCAAACAUGCUAUGCUUCGAAGAGCUGAAAAGCUUGCAUCAAUACGGAAUUAUGUAGAUGUUGCUGAUCUUGGUUGGAGGGUGGAUACCCCCAUUGUCGAACCUCUGGCAGUGGGUGAAGACCUAGUCCUUCCAGAAGACAUCAGCUCAUUUGUUAUGUGUGAAGAUGCCCUGAAGCACUUUAUAGCAGAUCAGGAGCAAAAAAUUAUAAGUUCCCAUGUUACCAUUGAAGAUAUGCCAGUUUCUGCUGAAGAUGGAGCUAUACCGGGUUUUAAUUACCUGUCUUCCGAACUGAGCGCCCGAUUGACAAAGUUCAUGCAGCUUCAGGAUGUUCACCGUGUACUUUGGGAGAGUUUGAAAGAUGAAGAAAUAGACCUUGUUCUGUCUGGAGUGGAAAAGGGGUUGUUUGCUGCUGAUGGCGAGGACUUUCAUACUCAUGCUAAUGAGGUUAGGUCUGCUGUGAAUCCUGAAUUUGGUGACAGACUCGCCAAAGCAAUCGCGGAGUGGCACUCCUGUUUUGCAUACCCUGAUUCCCUUGCACCAUUGCCUUAUCAGGUUUCUGUUCCAAUUGACUGUGUGCUUCCCUUGCAUACCCUGCCUUGGACUCCCGCUGAGGUUGAGUUGCUGAUAAAAGGUGUGGAGGAGAUCGGGAUAGGCAGAUGGCAGCUACUGAAGGAAAGGAAGGGCCUGUUUCGGAGGCAAGUUUCUGAUAUUGUCAAUAAAUGGAACACGUUGGUGCAGUAUGAUCGUCGUCCCGGCUACUCUCAGCAUCGCGAUGGGUUAAGUCUGCAGCAGUUGCGUCGUGUGAAAGAAGCGAAUGUGGAGAAACCCAAGGAGCCUUGGAAUCAGGGGGAAGUGGAUAAGUUGGUUCGAGCAGUGGAGGAGUAUGGGACAGGCAGCUGGCGGGAUGUGCAACAUCACAUGCAAUCUGUCCGUGGUGUUGCGGAUAUUGAAGAUGAGUGGUGCACCUUGAUGAACCAUCUCAACAGCCCCUGUUAUUUUCUGAAUAUAGGAGCAACUACUACUUGGCAGCUAUUCCGGGUCAGGGCUGCUACCAUUGUGAAGAUUGAGCAGCCUGUAGGGUUUAUAUCGGGAACUAUGGAGUUCAUAACAGAGUUGGAUCUUUCGCCAUUUACAUCUAUGCAGAAGAAAAUGGUCAUUCAUUUUCUGUACAGGAAAGAUGUGAAGUGCCAUCUGUUGCAGCUGUGGAGGCUCAAUGCUGUUGAUUUGUUUUCAACCACUCUGUCUAUGAGGGGUGAUAAACUUGCUGAUAUUGAGAAGUGGUUGGAAUUGGGCACAGAGCCACUGGGCGAUGAUGAAGAAAAUCUUCUUGCUGAGGAUACCCGGUUUUUUUUGGAUUAUGAAGAAUCACUGUUUAGGAGAACAGAAUUGCAGAAGGAUGCUAUUGUGAGUUCUGAACAUGCUCAUAAUCAGGUUCUGCUAUUUCCUGAAGAAGCUCUUCCUCUUGAUUUGAGUUCUUUAACUCCUGAGCAGUCGGCAAGGUUAACUCAUUUCAUGCAACGUGUCGAUGUGCACAACUAUCUGCUGGAGAUGUUAAAGCUGGACAUUUUGGAACUUGUCUUGUCCCGAUUGGAGGCAAAAAUGUCUGCUGCUUUAGGUCAAGAGGAGAUUGAGAUACGGAGGAAAGAGCUUAAUGAUUUCAGCUCGGUAAUUGACUUUCGUAACAGUGGCACUGGAGCAGAAAAGGACGUCAUUGUCAACAGGGUGUCAAAUGCUAGAUAUCCUGCCGGCUUUGCUCCCCAGAUUCACGAGGUGUUUGUUCCUCUUAUUUUUGUUGAACCAACUUACUCGAAAUGGACAAAUGAAGAACUAGAGCUUCUGAUUGAAGCUGUGGAAGAAGUUGGAAUAGGGAAGUGGGAGCUGGUGAAGGAAAGGAAGAACCUGUUUCGUAGUCUUUCUGCUAUCAAAGCUCAAUGGGAAACUCUUGUAUCGAUUGACAAGGGCGAAAGCUGGCUACUUGGAGCUCUUACAUUUGAGCAAUUGGGUCGUGUCAGGGCAGCCAACGUUGUGAAGGUAGCAGUAGGGAGACAGAGGAGAGCCUGCGGAGUGGAGUCUUUGGAAGCUGCAAGUGCUGGAAGGAACAUUGUGGAGAGGAUGGGAAGCUAUAGUUGA